GUGGGCUUUGCUGGCAAAUAACUUGGGCAUGAGGGGCUUGAUGUCUUUAAAAAGAGCAUUGCUUCUUCUGUCCCGGGUUGCGUGAGCUCAGCUGACGGAUGCACACGAUGGAGUUUCCCCAGCCGGAACAGACAGUGAGAUGCAGUAGCACAGCAUCAGUGCCGCAGCUCUGCAACUCUCCUACACUCAUCGUCAUGGUGGGCCUGCCAGCUAGAGGGAAGACUUACAUCUCCAAGAAACUCACCCGCUACCUCAACUGGAUCGGAGUUCCCACGAAAACUUUUAACGUCGGCCAGUACCGCCGCCAGGCUGUCAAGACCUACGAAAACUUUGAGUUCUUUAAACCGGACAACGAGGAGGCCAUGAGGAUUCGCAAGGCAUGCGCGGCAGCCGCUCUUAAAGACGUCGCCGCUUACUUCACAAGUGACCAAGGUCACGUGGCGGUUUUUGAUGCCACCAACACCACAAGGGAGAGAAGGGCAAUCAUCCUCAGUUUUGCCAAGGAGAGAGGCUACAAGGUUUUCUUUGUCGAGUCAAUCUGUGACGACCCGGAAAUAAUUGCAGAGAAUGUCAAGCAAGUAAAAUUCGGGAGCCCAGAUUACGUGAAUUGCAGCAUGGAGGAAGCCAUGGAAGACUUUCAGCAACGCAUUGAGUGUUACAAGUCCAGCUACAUGCCGAUAGAUGACGAGAAAGACAGGAAGCUCUCCUACAUCAAGAUAUACGAAGUAGGUAAAAGAUAUCAAGUGAAUCUGGUCCAGGAUCACAUCCAGAGCAAGAUCGUCUACUACCUAAUGAACAUCCACGUUGCGCCGAGGUCCAUCUACCUGAGCCGCCACGGGGAGAGCGAACUCAAUCUUCUGGGUCGCAUCGGCGGAGAUUCUUCUUUGUCCGCCAGAGGAUAUGAAUAUGCUGCUUCUUUGAAGACUUUCCUGCAGAGUCAGAAAAUUCAUGACCUGAAGGUGUGGACCAGCCACAUGAAGAGAACCAUCCAGACCGCACACACUCUGGGGGUCCAGUAUGAGAAGUGGAAAGCUCUCAAUGAAAUAGAUGCAGGUGUGUGUGAGGAGUUGACUUAUGAGGAGAUUCAGGAGCGUUUCCCCGAAGAGUUUGCACAGAGGGACCAGGACAAGUUUCGUUACCGUUACCCAAAGGGUGAGUCCUAUGAAGACCUGGUCCAUCGCCUGGAGCCCGUCAUCAUGGAGCUGGAGAGGCAGGAGAAUGUUCUGGUCAUCUGCCACCAAGCGGUAAUGCGUUGCCUCCUGGCCUACUUCCUGGACAAAACUGCAGACCAGUUGCCCUAUUUGAAAUGCCCUCUCCACACGGUGAUGAAACUCACACCAAUAGCCUACGGCUGCAAAAUUGAGUCUUUUUACCUCAAUGUAGAGGCAGUCAACACGCACAGAGACAAGCCUACGAACGUGGACAUCAAUAGGAACCCAGAGGAAGCGUUGCAGACGGCUCCUGAUCACAUUUGAACAAUGGGAAGAUGGGAUACGGCUGGCAUUUUGGACCUCCACAAGGAUUCAAGCGUCCUGCGCCGAGCGGCUUGAAACGUUAGUCAUCGACUGGCAUCAGCUGGAAGGUGGAUUGCGUGGCUCCAUAUUCUACAUGAUUUGAAAACGUAGUUUGGAGGGCAGACGCUAUCUUGCAGGGAUCCCUUCCUACCUGUCUGUAUGUAUAUCAAGAUGAAGCCAAAUUCCAUUUGACAACUGAGUUCUUAGAAUUCCAACUAGCAUACGUUUCACCCAUGCGGUUGACACAAUGCCAAAGUAAUUGAUCAGCAAUGAGAAAUAUUCAAAGUAGGCUGGUCAAAUAAGAGUCCAUU